AAUUUAGUGUAAAAUUGAGCGAAGAAGAAGAAUUCAAGAUGGCUGCGCCCGUGAUGUGAAACGAUGGUUUUGUAAAACAGCUAUUUGGGGGGUUUGUUAAAUAUUAUAUCUGGGAAAAUAUAUAUCUAACAGACUAAAACUCGUUUUUUCGUGAUGUGGACAACGGUGAAACGAACGAAAGUUUUUGUUUGAAUAUUCUCUUUGACUUUGUAAAAAAAAGUUCUCUUGGCUUGUCGCAGUACUCUAUUUAAAUAUGUCAAAUUUUCAACUAAAUCAUCAUGUAGCUGGAUUCACUAUAGGAGUGUUAAGUUUAACCUUCAUCACCGUGGUUGAAUUUUUUUCUUCUUCAAUUCAGUUUGUUGUUGAUCAGGCAUAAUUCCAAGGGUUUGUAUUGUAUGUUUUGGUUCUUAAAUCACACAAUAUCCUCCAGAUUUUUCCACUACACAAAAACUUCAAGCAUUUAAAAAAAAAGAAAAGUGUAUUAAAAUAUUACCUCAAAUAAAAGUUUUUUUUUUUUAAUGAGGGGCGUCUAAAACACGGUCAGGUUUGCCUUCUUUUCCGGUUCAUUUAUGAAACUAAUGGUUCACAAAAGAUUUUUGAGGCUUCUGUCAAAAGGAAGGGAAUGUAUUUGGUACUGCCAAAAACCAAAACUUUUCAUCAGCCAACCUGUCACCCUCACGUUUGGCAGGACCGUGAGGUCUUUUCAUGUUGCUUCUCCUCUCAUGAUGAAGCUGCUGUCAGUCGAGGAGAUUUUUGCCAGGAAAUCUUUGCAUCAGCACCUGACGAAGGUGCAGCUGGAGUACAAAGAGUGCUUACAAGCCAUCAGCAGCAUCACGAUGGAGGAUCAGUGCAGUGAAGAGGAACUAAGGGCCAAAAGGACAAAGAUAUCACUGCUGGCUCCUCUGAUCCAGAGCAUAAGGGAGCUGGACAAAAAGCAUGAGGAGAUGGCUGAGACUGAGAUGCUUCUGAAAGAGGAAGAUCAAGCCUUGAGGGAACUGGCAGAACUGGAGAAAGAAGGCUGUCUGCAAGAUAUUCAGCAACUAAGAGCCAAGAUCCUGGAAUUGUUGAUCCCAGAGGAGAGGGUUGAAUUGAGUGACCUGGUCCUGGAGGUUACAGCUGGUGUUGGUGGUCAGGAGGCCAUGCUGUUCACCGCUGAGGUGUUUGAGAUGUAUCAGGGUUUCGCUCAGUACCACGGCUGGUCCUUUGACAUCCUGGAGCAUAUGACCAGUGAUUUAGGUGGACUGCGUCAUGCCUCUGCCAGCAUCAGUGGGCCUCAGAGCUACAAGAAGAUGAAGUUUGAGGCUGGAGUCCACCGAGUUCAGAGAGUUCCCAAGACUGAAAAGCAGGGCCGGAUGCACACAAGUACAAUGACUGUAGCUGUGUUACCCCAACCCACUGAGAUCUCUUUCACAAUAAACCAGAAAGACUUGAGGAUAGACACAAAGAGAGCAAGUGGAGCCGGAGGUCAACACGUCAACACAACAGACAGCGCAGUCAGGAUAGUCCAUCUUCCAACAGGUGUGGUUGCAGAGUGUCAGCAGGAGAGAUCGCAGCUUAAGAACAGAGAAAAAGCGAUGAAAGCUCUGAGAGCAAAGCUGUACAGCAUGAAGCUGGAGGAGGAGACUAGUAAGCGCUAUAACCAGCGCAAAAUUCAGGUUGGUACCAAAGGGAGAUCUGAGAAGAUCCGGACUUACAACUUUCAACAAGACCGCAUAACGGACCACAGAAUCUCUAUCACAGUACAUGAUGUUAAAAGUUUCCUGCUGGGGGAGGAUUUGCUAGAGGACAUGAACUCAUUGCUGCAGGAACUCUCCAACCAGGAAGCACUAAUGGAGCUGCUUGAAGAGAGCAGCCAGGAAGAGCAAUGAAAGAUGGAAAUUUCACAUUUUCACGCUUAGGCAGUUCCAACAAUGUCAGUCAUUGUGUUUUUCUGGUUAAAAAAAAAGCCAAAUAUUCUGAAGAAUGCAACUUCAUGUAAUUUAAAAAAAUGCAAUGAAAAGAAAAUGGAAUUCAAUUUCAUUUGGUGAAACUUAAAAAAUACAUACUUGAGGCCUGACAUUUUCUGGUCCUAAUGAUCUCAGUGAAACUGACUACUAUAGAAAAUCACUUCCCCAUUCAUUUCUAAACCAAAGGGUUGCUUUGUUUUCUGAGUUCAUAUUGCAACUCAUUUUAUCCAACAUGAAAACAAAUGAACAAAAAUCCAAGGUCUUUUCUGUGUUCUUGUCUUGAUCCCUGACUGUCACAAACCUUUUUUUAAUGUAAUUUGACUAAACCUGUAUCAUACCAAGAUUUCUUGUAUUGUGGAAUUUGCUUUGUUAUAGGGCAUUUGAAAAUGAAUGAUUUACAGAAAAGGAGACAGACUGUAAAAUUUGCUCUUUAGCUUAUCCUUAUUGUUGGACCAGUAGCAACAAAACCUACCCACAUUGCAGAAAUGUUAUGACAAAAAAUUAAAAGAAAUAAAGUUUAAAAAUAAAA